AAAACAGUCAAUGACUGUGACCAAACAGAAUAUUUAUUCUCCAGUAUAUAAACAUUAAAUCAGUCACAGGUGUAUCUGUGACAUCAUAAGGAACACAAACAUCUAUAAAACUUCAUGACCACUAGAACCUCUAUGGACAUGAAUUUGUCUCAAUAUUAUUUGUGUGAAUAGAUUGAGAGUCCCUGUUUAAAUGUGUAAUCUGUAAAUAUAAAACACCUUCCACAAAUACAAAAAACAAAUUUGUAAACUCACAAAAAUAUCUUGCAGAUAGCCUAUAACAUGGAUCUGCAAAUACACAAACAAACAUGUCUGUGAAUACAUUCAAUUAAGCAGCUAGCUUGCCCCCAGGGGGCCAUGCCCCAUGCCUGAACAACUUACUUCCCAACUUAGUCCCCCGAUUUAGAUAUAGGCUCAAAUUAGGAUCAAAAUGAUUUUAAGCUUGUAAACUAAUGUUUACAAAUAAUUCCAAAGUUUGUAGUUGUAAAUCGACCUUUGUAAACCUGUAAAAUAAAUCUGCAUGAGAAAUUCAAGUUUGUGCCUGUGAAAAAAGUUGUGUUUGUGGCAAAGAGAUUUUUAUUUGUAAAAAAAAACUAAACUGAAUCAAAACUGAACGAUUGUGGUGAGGUUAAACAAAGAAUCAGGGAAAGGAGAAAUGCUUUUGUGGAUGUCUGUAUAGAGAUAAAGAGCAGGAAACUGUAAAACUCAGCGUGCAACAUUCCCAAUGUUUUCAUCCUUGUAGCUUCAGUGUCUCACACUGUGAGAGUAGAUAGUUCAGUUUUCUGCUCUGUAUCAGGACACAGAUGUUGACAUAACUAUUUCUUCUUUUACAGUUUUACAGUGUCUUUGUGUAACCUCGACACUGAUCAUUUGUUCAUAGUGUUGUUUCAGUCUUUUAACAAAUACAAAUACAGAUCUCUGUACUCCUCUUCCUACCCGUUCCUGAUACAUGCCACGAUAGCUGUGUCAUCUGAGUAUUUCUGGAUGUGGCAGGACUCAGAUUUUUAUUUAAAGUCCCCUGUGGAGCCCCAGAGCUGCUCAUCACUGUCCCUGAGACACAGUUACCCAGCCCGACAUACUGUGGCCGUCUUGUCAUGUAAUCCACAAUCCAGGACGUGAAGCAGGGAUCCACCCCCAUCCCUUCCAGCUUGUCUUUAAGGAUGGGGGGUUGGAUGGUGUUAAAUGCACUUGAGAAAUCAAAGAACAUAAUCCUCAUGUAACCACCUGGCUCAUCCAAGUAAGAAUGGGCCGGUGGAGCAAGUUAAGGACGGCAUCAUUCACUCCAAUAUGUUCUUUGUAGGCGAGCUGUAGGGGUCUAGUGCAUGUUCAACCUGUGGCCUCAGAAGGUGGAGAAGCAGCCGCUCCGGGGUCUUCAUGAUGUGUGAUGUGAGAGCCACCGGUCUGUAGUCAUUUAUCUCAGCUGGUCGUCCUACUUUAGGGACUGGAACAAGACAUGAUGUUUUCCACAGGACCGGGACCCUCCCUGUUUGUAGACCUAAGUUAAAGAUCCUCUGGAGAAGCUCAGACAGCUGGGCUGCACAAUCCUUUAACAGCCUCGGACACACACCAUCCAGGCCUGUUGCCUUUCCAGGACGCAGCCUCUUGAGCUCCGCCCUCACCUCCUCCGCUGUAAAGGACAGGAGACUUGACUCCAGUGUGGAGGGAGUUGCGACUGCAGUGUCAGGUUGUAGAGGAGAUGCUGCAGGAGAAGCUGCAGCUGAAGCUGUGGGAGAGAAAACAGGUGAGGCUGUGUCACACCUGUUGUAGAACAGGUUGAACUCAUUGGCCUUCACCACAUCCACAUCACCUGGUGUUGCUGUUCUUCUAUUUAUAACCAGUGAUGGUCCUCAUCCCCUUCCACACCUCUCUGGUGUUGUUGUGCUGCAGCUUCCUCUGUACUUUCUUUUUGUAGUCCUCCUCCUGCUUUAAUCUCCUCUUCAGCUCAUGUUACACACACCUGAGCUUCUCCCUGUCUCCAUCCCUGAAGGCCUCCUUUUUCUGGUUGAGGAGGGUCUUGAUGUCACUGGUGAUCCAGGGUUUGUUGUUUGGAAAGCAGUGUACAAUCCUUGUUGGUCUUACAGUGUCCAUACAGAAGUUAAUGUAGUCUGUGGUAUAUUUAACCAUUCUAUCAGGUCAAUGACCUUGGAUGUUGUCAUUUUAUGAUAAACAUGUGGCUCUAAUCCUCUUCUGUAAUUUCCGUUUUAUAUUUUCAAGAUAUUUUUAUGAGUUUAUAAAAGUUUUUUUUGUAUUUGUGGAUGGUUAAACACAUACAGAUUAAACAUUUACACAAGGACUCUCAAUCUGUUCACACAAAUAAUACUGAUUCAAAUCCACCUCCAUAAACCUCCUAAAGAACCUCGAGAACGUCCUCAGUCAUAUUGUAGAAGAGCUGCACCUGCUUUAGUUGUAUCUUAAGACCCACUGUGUCAGUCUCUCCUGGAGCAGGUCGGCCAUCACUCCUCCACCCAGCAGAUGGAGGUAGAGCUCCAUGUGAAAAAGAAGAGGGGAGAACGGUUGGGGUUGGCGCCAUCACAGGGUUUUUAGGUUGGAAAUGUCCAACAUGAGUGAGUUGCAGGUCUGACGGCUGCUGCGGAGGAGAUCUGCGGGGUCCUGGAUCUCACUCUGGGGGCUCUGGAGGAGGAAGUCCGCCGCCAGCAGAGACUGCUGCGCUCCGUGCUCAACCCAGAGAUCCGUCUGCAGAGAGGCGACAUCCAGCAGUUGUUGGUGAGUAAAAAAGAGCAGCAGGAGUGGAGCUCCAGUCUGGACCAGUCUGGACCAGGAGGACCCAGAGCCCCCUCACAUUAAAGAGGAACAGGAGGAACUCUGGACCAGUCAGGAGGGAGAGCAGCUUCAAGGACUGGAGGAGGCUGAUAUCACCAAGUUCACAUUCACUCCUGUCCCUGUGAAGAGUGAAGAUGAUGAUGAUGAUCAUGAAGAGAAACCUCAGUCCUCACAGCUUCAUCAGAGUCAGACUGAGGAGAACAGAGACUUCGAGGCAGGAGAGGACUGUGGAGGACCAGGACCAGCCAGGAACUUAGUCCUUGUAAAGGCUGAGCGAUGUAAAGAUGAAAAAAAAAGCUCUUGUUGUUUAUUUUGUUGCUCUGAGUGUGGGAAAACAUAUUUCUACAGUUACCUUCUGGAGAGACACAUGAGAACUCAGACAGGAGAGAAACCGUUCAGCUGCCCUUUGUGUGGUAAAAGAUUUAUACGAAAGGGACGUUUGACGCAACAUAUGGCCGUCCACUCCGGAGAGAAACCGUUCAGUUGUUGUUUGUGUCACAAAAGAUUUACCUGCUGUGCACAGGUCAAAAACCAUGAAUGUGUUCACAAGUCCUCACAGCUUCAUCACAGUAAGACUGAGCCUCCAGCACCAGAACCAGACAGGAUCUCAGUUCCAGAUGGUUGUUUACAGCCAGUUAGUGAUGACAACACGUCAGAGUCUUCUGAACCUGAGAGUGAAGAUGAUGAUGAUGAUGGAGAGAAACCUCAGUCCUCACAGCUUCAUCAGAGUCAGACUGAGGAGAACAGAGAGGCAGAGCCUCCAGGCGGCAGCUCAGCUGAACACAUGGAGACAGAAGCUGAUGGAGAGGACGGUGGAGGACCAGGACCAGACAGGAACUCAGAUCCAGACAGACAUUUACAACCAGGAUCUGAUGACAACACUUCGGGGUCUUAUGAACCAGAGAUGGAAGACAGUGAUGAUGGUUGGACGGAGACGCAGAAAUCUUUUAGCUGCUCAGACUGUGGGAAAAGAUUUGGCCGAAAGGGAAAUCUGCAGACUCACUUGAGAACUCAUACGGGAGAGAAACCAUUCAGCUGCUCAGUUUGUAAGAAAUGCUUUGGAUGCCGCUCAACCUUGACAAAACACAUGCUAACGCACACAGGGGAGAAACAAUUUGGUUGCUCAUUUUGUGGAAAGAAAUUUCAUAUCAAGGGAACUCUGGUGAGACACAUGGAAACCCACAGAACAAGAGAGAAAGAAUUCAGUUGUUCAGUUUGUGUAAAGAAGUUUUAUGAUAAGUCGACUCUGGUAAGACACAUGAGAACCCACAUAACAACAGACAAAACUCCCAGCUGUUCAUUCUGCAGAAAAAAUUUUUAUGACAAGUCAUCUCUGGAAAAACACAAAGCGACCCACACAGCACGAGAGAAGACGUUUAGCUGUUCAGAAUGUGAGAGGAAAUUUUAUUUAGAGGCACAUUUAAAAGGUCACAUGAGAAUCCACACAAAAGGAGAGAAACCAUUCAGCUGUCCCGUUUGUGCAAAGACAUUUAAAUUAAAUGAUUAUCUGAAGAAACACAUGAAAGUGCACACAGGAGAGAAACCCUUCAACUGUCCCGUUUGUGACAAAAGAUUCACAUGGUACCCACAGCUGAAAGCCCAUCAGUGUGUUGGGGAGACCAGCUGAAGCAGACUGCCUUCUUUCAGUGGUGGUAGCAGGGAGAGACGACAGCCAAUGAGAGUGGAGCCCCAGCUGAGCUGACUUCACUCUUAAAGUUUCUUUAAAUGACGCACAGAGUCUCUGUGGUUUAGACAGGACCAACAUGGACAAGUAUGAAAUAUGAGGAGAUAUAAUAAUUGACUUCUAGUUGUUGUCUUCAGAGAUCAUUUCGUAAAAUGUAUCAGCCUCUUUGCCACUCCAUGUUUAAAAAAUGUGAAACAUUGACACCAUGACAAAAAUUAUUCGCUUUGUUUCUUGUCAUGUUUUAACAACACUGUUUUCACAUUAUAACUUGUAAUUACGUUCAGGUUCUUCUCCAUCAUCAGGAGGCCACUGACUGGUCCAGAUUCUGCAGGACAAACGCAGCCACAACUUGGAAACCAUCUUAUUAAAACUCAGUAAACAUCAGGUGCACCAGUAGCUCAACUGGUUAAACAUUAUCACAUAUGAAGUCCUGAGUCCUUGCUGCAGGGAGCUGGGUGUGAAUGCAGCCUGGACUCUUUUACCUCCUUCUCUCUACUGACUGUCGGUAAAACUUUAAACAAGAAAAAAAAAAAAUGUCAUGGUGGCAGUGAUACCGUGCUGUGAUGACAGAAACAUCUGCACAGAGUUAGAAGAACUGUUGUUCACACUGCUUCAAUCAGUAAUUAAUAUAUUUGGGUAUGUUUCUCGAUUCGUCAUCAAACCUCUGAUGAACCUCUGAUUCAUCAAACCAACUGAUCUUAUUUUGCUUGAAUUUCCUCAUUAAAGCUUUUGCAUCUAAAAAAAUUUUUUUUGUUGUUCCACUUCGACAGUUUAAAUGAAUUUGUUAGAACCAAAUAAAAAUCCAUUUUAAUUGAAUUUUGAAACCAUGUUACUGUCUGUAGAGUUUUAAUUAAAGUUUUGGAAAUUUACUUUCUCUGUAACUUUCUCUUUAUCUACUUAUUUCAGAACACAAUAUGACCAGUAGAACCUAACCCCCACCCACCACCACCACCAAAGAAAAAAGUUUUAGUGACAACUCUGAUGUCAGGAGGUUCCUUCAUACUGUGUAUAAUCCUAAAAAAUCCUCUUAAGAAAUUAGAGCCUGAGAUCUCCAGGUUUGUGGAAGCAAAACAAACAGAAUUUAACUGAAGAUACUGAUUGAUCUCAUUCAACACAGAAGGCUGAGGCUUCCAGACUUUGGAUUUCAACAAACCUCCUGUUAGGAAACAAAGAGAGGCAGCGAUAUUCAGGUGACGUGCCACUGAUAGGUUCCCUUUAAUGAAGAGACACCACAUAUUUCAUGUCACAAUCAUGUUGAUGAUGAUAUUAAUAAAAAUAAUGAGUCUCUUCGUUUAAGAACUCGAUAAAUCUCCAUUAACAUGUUCAACUGUUUUCUCUUUCUUG